CACCCACUUAUCUCCGAAUACCCCCAAAUCCCUCUCACGCGUCUUCGAUCUCCUCCAGAACCCCUCUCACACAAACCUCAUCUCACACCCUCUCCGGCGAACUCUUCCAUGAACCUCUCCUCCUAACUCCUCUUUGCCAAAUGAAGCCAAGCGACAUUUCCUUUCCUAGGCAUAUAGGCAAGAGAACGUGUUCCUAGGGGCACUCACCGUGAGGGAAACCAUCACCUACUUGGCCCACCUGCGACUUCCGACUGCAGGCAAGAGGGAGGCAGAGAUGGCAGCAGUGGUGAAGGUGGUGGAGGUGACGAUCCUUGAGAUGGAGCUGCAGGAGUGCGCAGACCGGUUGAUCGGGAACUAGCACAUGAGGGGGAUCAACGGCGGGGAGAAGAAGAGACUGAGCAUCGCGCUGGAGAUCCUGAUGCGGCCGUGACUCCUCUUCCUCGACGAGCCCACCACCGGGCUCGACAACGCGGCCGCCUUCUUCGUGGUGGAGACGCUGAAGCACAUCGUGGUGGACAACAACAAGACCAUUGUCUCCUCCAUCCACCAGCCCAGCAACGAGGUCUUCAGCCUCUUCGAUGACCUCUGCCUCUGAUUUGGCGGAGAGGUCGUCCUCUUUGGAGAUGCUAAGUUGGCUACCCAGGUAACACUUUUAACAAAUAUCGUCGUUCAAGGAGAGGGGAUGAUCGCAGUGAUUGAAUUAUUGAUCUAUAACUUGAGGAAAGAUCUAAACUCUGAUUUGGUGUUGUAGUUUUUCGCAGAUGUUUGAAUUUUUUUGACAUUUUCCCCUCAAUCUCGCUCUUGCUUUCGUUUGGAAGUUGAGCGCUAAAGAUGAUCAGAUCGCCCUGAAUGGCUGUGAUUGUUGAAGAUAGGAUAACACGCGCUUGUAAUCAACGCUUUCGAUGUCGGCGACUUUCGCACCGCUUCCUCCCUCUUCUCCGCCAUGCGCCAUCAAGGCGACGCCAACCUCAACCAUUACACGCUUCCCCUCCUCAACUGGCCUCGCAGGAUUGGCCUCGCAGCUGAUGUCUAUUUAUGCAACACCAUGAUGGAGGUGUACGCUAGGAAUGGUCGAGUCCCCUUGGCCCGCCGGCUGUUCGAAGAAAUGCCUCUUAGGGAUGUGGUAACUUGGACGUCCUUGUUAUCUAGCUAUGUUAGCGCGGGAGACUCUCCCGAGGCCUUCCACUUGUUCUGCCAAAUGCGAGCGGAGGGUCUUGAGGUGAAUCAAGUCACAAUGGCGGUCUUGCUUCGAGCAUGUUAUGGUUCCGAAGACAAGGUCGCAGGGUGCCAACUACAAGCAUUUGCGAACAAGGCAGGCCUCCAAAGUCAUGAGUUGCUUCAAAAUUCAAUUUUGAGCAUGUUCAGUAGAUUGGCUUGCUUCGAAGAGGUCAUGAAGUUUGUCAUCAUUCAAAACAGGAGCAUUGCCUCUUGGAAUAUCCUCCUAUCAUCCUACUCUUUCAUAGGGGAUGUUUCCAGAGUAGUCAAGUGCUAUAGGAAGAUGAGACUAGAGGUGACUCCUAGCAAUGAGACUCUAACUUUGCCCAUCUCUGCAUUCGCCAAGUGUGAGCAUCUCCCUGGUGGAAGAGAGGUACAUUGCAAUGCCAUCAAAACUUGACAGAUUGACUCAGUUCUACGUGCCACUCUCGUCGAUUUCUAUACUAAAUGUGGUGAAUUGAAAUCAGCAGUCAUGUUGCAUGAUGAAUGCCAAGUGAAGUGCAACACCAUAUGGAGCAUCAUGAUGUGGGGCCUUAUUCAGAAUGGUGAGUUCUUGGAAGCUGUCAACGUGUUUGAAAGAAUGCAAAAGUCUGUAAUUAAGCCUUGUAAGGAUGCUCUAAGGGCCUUAGUUAUCGCAUAUACUAACUUGGGAGCUUUGUUGUUGGGUAGAGGAGUUCAUAAUCUUAUGUAGGAUGUGAUUGUGUAAAUAGAAUUUUUUUUGUAAAUAUUAUAGUUUUUGUAAACAUUCGAAUUUACUAUUGUG